CGCGGCGCCCCCUCAGAGCAGCCGGAGUGACGGGAGGGAGGGAGCCCGGGACAGGCAGCGCCGGAGACCCGCAGCCCCGCAGCCCCGGGUCGUGGCGGCCAGCAGGAGCCCGAGCCCGAGCCCUGGGACAGGCAGCGGCGAGAACGUGCCAGCAACUGCUCCUAUGGCGGAGAGAGAGAGUAAGGUGCCAAAAGUUGGUGGGAAUCCAGCAGAAAAGCUUGUUUGCUUAACACACAGAACAUCUGACGACAGAUAACAGCCAGCAACACGGAGCGUGAUGAUUCCAGUAACGGAGCUGCGAUACUUUGCUGACACCCAGCCUGCUUACCGCAUCUUGAAGCCAUGGUGGGACGUGUUCACGGACUACAUCUCCAUCGUGAUGCUUAUGAUAGCAGUGUUUGGGGGAACGUUACAGGUCACACAGGACAAAAUGAUCUGUUUACCCUGCAAGUGGGUUUCGAACGAUACUUGCAUGGAACCCGCUCAGCCACUGCUCACAGUAUUGCCAACUGCAGAAUACCUGAACGCAUCCCUGCCUCCAUCUUCAGUUCUUCCCCCAUUUUCCGAUGAACCCACAGGUAUCCAAUAUGACUUGGACCGCCAUCAGUACAAUUACGUGGAUGCCGUGUGCUAUGAAAAUAACCUUCACUGGUUUGCAAAAUACUUUCCAUACCUUGUACUCCUGCACACACUAGUGUUCUUGGUGUGCAGUAAUUUUUGGUUCAAAUAUCCUCGGACCAGCUCCAAGCUGGAACAUUUUGUAUCUAUCCUCCUUAAAUGCUUUGACUCACCGUGGACAACACGGGCACUUUCUGAGACUGUGGUCGAGGAGAGUGACCCUAAGCAGUCGUUUGUUAAAAUGAAUGGCUCCAUGGCAAAGAAAUCAUCCUCGGCGAGCGAGGACGUGGAGGCCAGCGUACCCAUGUUGCAGAGAACAAAGUCUCGCAUCGAGCAGGGGAUAGUGGACCGCUCGGAAACGGGUGUGCUGGAUAAGAAGGAGGGAGAGCAAGCAAAGGCCCUUUUUGAAAAAGUAAAGAAGUUCCGCACCCAUGUAGAGGAAGGGGAUAUAGUUUACCAACUUUACAUGAGACAGACUAUUAUCAAAGUGAUCAAAUUUGCGAUUAUUAUUAGUUACUCACUUUAUUAUGUUGAUGAUAUAAAAUUUGAUGUGUCUUGCAUUGUGGACAUUCAGAAUCUCACAGGGUACCGUGUGUAUCAGUGUGCUCAUCCAUUAGCCACCUUGUUCAAGAUUCUGGCAUCAUUUUACAUUAGUUUAGUCAUUGUUUACGGACUCAUUUGCAUGUACACACUUUGGUGGAUGCUCCGGCGUUCGCUGAAGAAGUAUUCGUUCGAGUCCAUCAGGGAGGAGAGCAGCUACAGCGACAUUCCUGAUGUCAAGAAUGAUUUUGCUUUCAUGCUGCACCUGAUUGAUCAGUACGACCCCUUGUAUUCAAAACGUUUUGCUGUCUUUUUGUCCGAGGUUAGUGAGAACAAAUUGCGGCAGCUCAAUCUGAAUAAUGAGUGGACACUGGAGAAACUCCGGCAGAGGAUCAUGAAAAACUCUCAGGACAAACCAGAACUCCACCUCUUCAUGCUGAGUGGAAUUCCAGACACUAUCUUUGACCUGACGGAGCUGGAGGUGCUGAAACUGGAGAUGAUCCUGGAUGUCACCAUUCCCCCGAUUAUUGCCCAACUCACGAACCUUAAGGAGCUCUGGUUGUACCACACACCAGCAAAGAUCGAGGCACCAGCCCUUGCCUUUUUGCGCGAGCACCUGAAGUCGCUGCAUAUCAAAUUUACAGACAUCAAAGAGAUCCCCCUGUGGAUCUACAGCCUGAAGAACCUUGAAGAGCUUCAUCUAACUGGGAAUCUGAGCGCAGAAAACAACCGCUACAUUGUGAUUGAUGGCCUGCGGGAUCUCAAAUGUCUCAAGGUUUUGAGGUUGAAGAGUAACUUGACUAAGUUGCCGCAGGUCGUCACCGAUGUUGGUGUUCAUCUCCAGAAACUGUCCAUCAACAAUGAAGGUACCAAACUUAUGGUCCUCAAUAGUCUAAAGAAGAUGGUGAAUCUGACAGAAUUGGAGUUGAUUCGUUGUGAUUUGGAACGAAUCCCACACUCUAUCUUCAGUCUCCAUAACUUGCAGGAGAUUGAUCUGAAAGAUAACAACCUGAAGACAAUCGAGGAAAUAAUCAGUUUUCAACACCUGCGGAGACUGGUCUGCCUUAAGCUGUGGUAUAACCACAUUGCCUACAUCCCUAUUCAAAUUGGCACUCUGACCAACAUGGAAAGGCUCUACUUGAAUCGAAACAAAAUUGAAAAGAUUCCCACACAGCUCUUCUACUGCCGCAAAUUGCGGUUUUUAGAUUUGAGCCAUAACAAUCUAACCUCCAUUCCACAGGACAUUGGAUUUCUUCAGAAUCUGCAAUAUUUUGCGGUCACUGCAAACAGAAUUGAAAACCUGCCGCCUGAACUAUACCAGUGUCGCAAGCUCCGGACCCUAAACCUGGGGAAUAACUGCUUGCUAUCGUUACAGUCGCGGGUUGGAGAGCUAACGAGCUUGACGCUACUGGAACUUCGUGGAAACCGACUAGAAUGUCUCCCCGUGGAGCUGGGGGAGUGCAGGCUACUCAAAAGAAGUGCCCUUGUUGUGGAGGAUGACCUUUUCAAUACUCUUCCGUCCGAAGUCAAGGAGCAGCUGUGGCGAGCAGACAAGGAACAAGCCUGAAUUUUAUUUGUAUCGCAGAGGGGGAAAAGGGAAAUAAUCUACCUUGCCAAGUCUUCAGCAGAUUUUGAAGCCUGCUGCACUGCAAGAUGAGCAGAUCUGUGAUCUAGUUCUAUAUGGAACGAGUCUGAUUACAGUUGGUGGAACUGCUGCUGCCCAUAAGGAACAGAGGCAUAGAUGGAAUGGAAUGCUGCCAGUAAUUAAAAGAAUCAUUUCAAUAGUUGGAUUAACUAUUAAUACUUCUGCUUUAAUGAAUCACAAACAAAGCUAAUACAUUUAUAGCCAUGACAUGUCAACAGACUGAUAUUGCCAAUGUCUUGUUAUUUAUUUAACUAGUACUAUGUUAGGGGCCGGCACUGUAUAUGCCUGAGUAGGCAGUACAACGUCUGCAUGAAACAACAGGGGAUAUUUUAAAAUAACUCCCUCAAUCUUCUUAAACUAACUUAAAAGUUUUGUUCAUGUCAAGCUGAUUGAGCUGAACCAGAUUUUCAUGUCCUUUCUGCCAAUUUCUUUCAAUCUGAGAGAAUCACUACACUAUGCGUCAAAUUCAUAUUGUCAAAACAAUUAGAUAGCAAGGGGAAUUUUCACAAGGGCUGUUUUAUCAGAUCUAGGGACUAGUCUGAGAAGACAUAGGAGUGAGUUUUCGAUACCGUUUGUAUAAUAUUUAUUGAGGUGGUAAAAGACUAACGGAGAGUUAACAUUUCAUUUUGUUAAAGUUGUACAACUUGAAUCUUUCAUUGAAAGUAAAAGAUCCUAAUCUAAGUAUUUUCCAUGACAUAAAAUUUAAAUGAUAAUUCAGAUUGUAGUAUUAAAGAUAACAUGUGAGAAAUGUUUCUCUAGAUAUAUUUUUUGGGGGUGGAAGUUACUGGAUCUCAAUGAAUAUCUAACAUACCAAGAGAAUAUUGAGGGCUUGAGAAUCUUGCUCCUGUUUAUUGCACACAGCCGAGUUGUAAAUUUGUGAAACUUAGUUAAAUAACCAAUUAUUAGUAUCCAGGUUCAUUUAAAAUUGAUAUUUGCUUAUAAUAUCCAGAACUUUGCAAGCCAGUACCUAGAGUUUCAGAAAACCAAUGUCACCGGAGAACAUUUUGACAGUCAAAAAGGCAACCAAGCUUAAUGUCAUCUUCCACAGCUCUUUAAGGACACGUCCAAGUACUUUUCAAAUUAGAUUAGGGUUUCUGCCUCAACUUUUAAUUCAGUGUCUGGGUGAAAAUAAAUCCCUUUGUCCUACAUGCUUACCAUUUUUAAUUCCUAUGCUAUGGGAAUUAAGUCCUACCUGGUUACUCCAUCUAAAACCCUCAGAAUUUGAUAUACCUCAAUUGUGUCACCCCACAAAUGUUUCCGUUAAGAAAAUAACUUGAAUCUUAUACAGUUAUUCCUCAUUGCUAUAAAUUGCCUGUCCUGGCAACCUCCUCACAGUCCUUCUCUGCACACCCUCCAUUACAACACAUCCUUCCUGCAAUGAGGUAACCAGAACUGUAUGCAUUGCACAAACCUUACUUUAACUCGUGUCACAUAAGGUUUUAGUAUAACCUGGGGCUCCUGGCUUCUCAGCUAAUAAGGGAAAACAUUCAAUCAGCCCAUUUCACCGUGUUAUUUGUGUCUGUCAUCUCUUCAGGAUUUGUUCCUCCACGCUUCCCAAAAUCUUCCCAUUGAUUGUGUGUUCCUUUGUCUGUUGCAUCUCUCCAAUACUUUAUCUCCAACUUCUCCAGAGAAAGUUCUGUGGUAAUUUCUAAGACCAACUUUAAAGCUUUCCAAUGUAUUGACAACCAGAGACUUAUUUUUGUAUCAUCUGCAAACUACUUCAUCAUUCUCCCUGUUGUUAAAUAUAAAUCAUUAAUUAAAAAAAAAAAAAAAGCAUGGGCCAAGUGGUAACAGUCUUCCACUGGGGAAAAAAAACAUUUAUCAUUAGUCGUUGCAUUCUGUGUACCCAUGUGCUUUAUCCUUUCGCUUGCCAGUCCAUUGUGCUGGUUAGCAUUUCAACCAUUGAUAAUGCACAUAAUUUUAAGUGUCUUGUCUUGAAGUGUCUUCAGGGAAGGGAAGGGGGUGGUCAUGGAUGUUGGGGUGGAUUUGAAAAUAAGCUAUAUGGUCUUGUGAACACUUAUAUCCAAUUCCAAGUCGUGUCUAGACUGAUGAAAUAAGAGGCUACACUGUAUGAGCCCUUUGGAGAUUUCUGUGUGGCUGCAGACCCAUAGUACACUUAACCACUUCUAGCUAGUUCCCAAUUAGCAAUGUGACAGGGAGGCAUGGAUUAGUAGUGGUCAUGUUCUGCUGUGCACAGUUGGAGAAGGAGCAAGUGGUAUGUAAAGCAAUAAGCCAUACCUGAAAUAAGGUCGCUAGAGAGUGAAAGUAAGUUCCAGGGAUAUACUGGCCCCCGUCACAGGGGAAAGGGGUAUUCAUCAAGGACGUUGUUAUCUCUGUUAUGUGUUUACCCAGCAAAAUGCAUGUGGUAAACUUCUAAUUUUAUGAAUGCUCAAAUUACUGUUCACGUUGCAAUGAUCAUUUACUCGAUAAGGAUUAAAUAGUUAUUUAAUGGAACAGGCUUGCUUCACACACAGCUUGGAUGCUGCAUACAUUUUUUAAUUGUAACUGAUACUAAGCCUUCAUUUCUGUGCCCUCAGGGGUGAAUAUGCCUCGAUCUUGUAGCAACACUUUUUCUCAGGUUCGUUAUUUUGACUGUUUGACCUGUUAAAUGUUAAAGUGACUAGUUGUUGGUUUGCUUCUACAUUUAAUCAAGGCCGUAGAAAGUAUUAUCCAAUGUCGACAAAUGGGCUUUAUUCACACUUUGUUUAAAACAAUGUUUAAUUUUGCUUCUCUCUUAAAAUGUAACCUGAAAUGUUACUGUCUUAACAGCUAUUUUAAAGUUGCAAUGUUCCCAAUGGUCAACAUCUCAGUAGGAGAUUGAGAUCUUCAUAAUAAGCCCAUCUUUUUACAUUUACCUCUUGUCAGAAUAGUAAAAUCUGGCAUUUUUAUCUAAAUAAAUUGAAAUGUUAGGAAUAAAUUGCAAGAUUAUUCAUAUUCUAAA